CUGUAACGUUCCCAAUAUAACCUCACUACACAGUCAGCUGGGGGGGUCCAGACGGUGGCCUCGGUCUGAGCUACAAGCAAAUCAUCCACUUUGCUCUUUCUGGAUUGUGUUUUCUUCACAUGAUUGAAUGGACACCAUGAUGAAAGGGGAAGAUUCAGAGGAAGUAGAGAUCGACUUGGAGGACUCCAGUGACCCUGAAGAAUUUGAAAAUGGUGAGGAACCUCAGACGCUGUGGAGGGCCCCUCCUGCUCUGGAAGAGGAGGAAAACAUUCAUACGUCUACACUGGUGGAAAUCAGUGAUACCAAACCUCUGAUUAAUGCCAGAGACCCCCGAGGUAUCAAUGACUGUCUCAAGGUGACAUUUGAGGAUGUGAUAGCUGAGCCAGUAUCGGUGCGCAGCGGAGACAGAAUCUGGAUCUGGAGCAACGCCCUGUUUGAGGUGUCCAGGAUUUGGAUUUACAGGAUAGUCACAGUACUUCUGGCCAUUCCCAUGUCAGUUAUCUCUGGUCUCAUCUUUGCCAUCCUCAGCUGCUUCCACAUCUGGAUGGUUGGUCCCUGUAUCCACUGUGUCCAUAUUGGCACUCGCUGGCUGCAGAGCCUGUGGAGCAUCGUGCUGGGUGUCAUUGUGGAUCCGUUCCUCAUAAGUGCUGGGAAAUGUUGUGGAGGCUUCAGCAUCCACUUCGCCAAAGAAUGAGACUCACACAGGAGAAGCACAUCCAGAGUGGAAUUGUGUUCAUGUGGACCUGGCCCAAGCGGGCACUGAUUUUUGAUUCUUAAAUUUUUAAUUCAAAUUAAAAAUACAGAUUUUCAACAGUUAAAACAGCUUUUAUCCAAAUUCUAUAGUACGUUCUGGUUCUACUUUAUGAUUACGUCAGGUUUUUUAACAAUAGGUGGAUACGUCUUGGACCUGACAGUGACAGAAGAGAGUAAUCAACCCUCAUUGUUUUUGCUCAGCAUGGAGUACUUUUUUUCCACCUUGGUGUCACAGUGGUGUUAUGAUUUAGGUAAUUUCAGCAGAAUUUCUUCUACAAAUGAAUUUUACAUAAUCUGUCACAAUGUUUAGAUUUGGUUUUAUAUUUUCUUGUAUUUUUAAACUGCAGUUUAGAGUGUAAAGAUACCCUCCACCCCGUUUGAAGAUGUACAAAAAAAUACUCUAACAUGCUUUGAAUAAUAAUUUGUGUCUGAUAAAAAAUUCAAUUGCC